AACAGCGUACGGAAACACGAUUUUCCUAUCUAUAGAAUUAUAAUCGAUGGAUCAUGUUACUAAACGGAUUCUGUUACUAAAGUCUCUGCCACUCUUUCUCUACCAGGCAAAGGCAAGGGUCACGUUUAUCGAGGUGAAGUGAGAAAGGCAAAAUGUGGUCCUCGAUACUGGACAUAGCCAAAACGAAUCCAUUCGGAACACCGUUCGUGACAGCUAAGUGUCAGGGGCAAAAUGAACUCGCACAAACACUUGUCAGGAAUCGGCACAUCGCGGCUGCCUCUGCAGAAGGAGAUAGCUGUGAAUUUGGAUCGAAUAAAUACUUCUUACUAUGUGGCUUGGGUGGUAUUCUAUCAUGCGGUAUCACUCAUACUAUGGUUACCCCUCUGGAUUUAGUAAAAUGCCGUAUACAAGUGGACCCUGCGAAAUACAAAUCAGUCUUCAAUGGAUUUAGAGUAACUUUGGCUGAAGAUGGAACUCGAGGUUUGGUUAAAGGAUGGGCUCCUACAUUCUUUGGCUAUUCCAUCCAAGGAAUGUUCAAAUUUGGACUUUAUGAAGUCUUUAAAGUAUAUUAUUCGGCUCUUGUUGGAGAAGAAGUGUCAUAUGAAUAUAGGACAACUUUGUAUCUAGUUUCUUCAGCAUCUGCAGAAUUUUUCGCUGAUAUUGGUCUAGCUCCUCUUGAAGCUUCUAAAGUCAAGAUUCAGACCACACCAGGAUUUGCAAAUACUUUAAGAGAAGCUAUGCCAAAGAUAUAUAGUGAAGAAGGCCUUGGCGGUUUCUAUAAAGGGCUUGUACCUUUGUGGCUUCGACAGAUUCCAUACACAAUGAUGAAAUUCGCUUGCUUUGAGCGUACUGUUGAACUUCUGUAUAAAUAUGUAGUUCCUAAACCAAGGCAAGACUGCACAAAAGGUGAACAGUUGGUAGUUACGUUUGCUGCAGGAUAUAUUGCUGGUGUAUUUUGUGCAGUUGUGUCUCAUCCUGCUGAUUCUGUUGUAUCAAAAUUAAAUCAAGAAAAAGGAGCAUCGGCUGUUGAUGUUUUGAAAAAGAUGGGCUUCGCUGGAGUAUGGAAAGGUCUUGGUCCACGUAUUAUUAUGAUUGGUACAUUAACAGCAGCGCAAUGGUUCAUUUAUGACGCAGUUAAAGUAUGGCUUCGUAUGCCUCGCCCACCACCACCAGAAAUGCCAGAAUCCCUCAAGAAGAAGUAUGGAUUAGCUUAAUUAUCAGGCAUGAAAAAUAUUUUUAAUUGAAUCAAUUAUAGUUGAAGGAAAAAAAACAUAGAUAAAUUACAUUAUUUCUUCACAGUACAUUGUCGAACAAUGUUUUGCCAUAAGUUUUGAAUAUUUAUUCUGUAAUACAGAUAUCAGUGCAGGUCAUCACUGCCUCCAAAUUAAAUAUAACAAUGUGCUACAAAUUAUAGUAAUUUACUACCAGUUUUGUGAUUAUAAAAAGGGUAGUACGUUUACAAAAAUCUAAUAGUAACAGUGAGUUACCUAUUGUAACCAAAAACUGUUACUUUGUAUAUAGAGUGGUCACUGUAAAUAAAUAAUCUGUGAUUGCUCAA